CGCCUCGCCUCGCCUUAGUGCGAUACGUGGUUCCGAGAGGGGAGGUUGCGCUGCGCGCCGCGUCGCGUUGGCCCGAGCUCCGCUGCGCCGCCUUUCGCUGCGGGCUUCGCGUCGCUUCGCAUCGUCUGUGGCUGCGUAACAAAAGCCGAGAGCGACAUGUCGGAGCGCGACAAGGACAAGAGCAAGCGAGGGGGCGAGCGCCGACAGUUGCGCGACCGCAAGCCGAAGCUCUACACCGAUGACUGGGCCAUCGCAGACGAGGAGAUCGAAGGGGGAAGGCUGUUCCAGCUGGAGGACAAAUUGGAGUCGGAGCGAUUUGAACAGAAUUUUGUCAAGGAGUUGAACGGAAAAGAUUUUAAUGUUCAGUACCUGCAGCGCCAUGGAUUCAGCACCCCUUUGAUUUUCAAAGAGAAGUCUGGUCUGGGUAUAGUUGUGCCCAGCAAAAAUUUCUCUAUCAAUGACGUGCGAACAUGUGUUGGUUCACGUCGUAUGCUGGAUGUUAUGGAUGUCAACACACAGAAAAACUGUGAAAUGUCAAUGAAGGAAUGGCAGAGAUACUACGAAGACCCUGAUAAAGAUAAGCUGUUAAAUGUCAUCUCCCUUGAGUUCAGCCACACAAAGCUGGAGAACUAUGUCAGGGCUCCAACCAUAGUGCGUCAGAUUGACUGGGUCGAUGCAGUGUGGCCCAAGCAUUUGAAGGAGCAGCAGCAUGAAUCAACCAAUGCGAUUGACGAGAUGAUGUACCCCAAGGUGCAGAAGUACUGCCUCAUGUCAGUCAAGGGCUGCUACACUGAUUUUCAUGUUGACUUUGGAGGGACGUCAGUGUGGUAUCACAUUGUGAAAGGCUCCAAGGUGUUUUGGCUCAUUCCACCUACAGAGAGAAACUUGAAUCUGUACGAGCAAUGGGUGCUGUCUGGCAAACAGGGGGAUGUCUUUUUCGGAGACAUGGUUGACAAGUGUGGCAGAGUAAGAUUAAAUGAAGGAAACACUUUCUUCAUCCCCUCUGGCUGGAUUCAUGCUGUUUACACUCCAUUGGACUCGUUGGUCUUUGGAGGAAAUUUCUUGCAUGCCUACAGCAUUGAGAAGCAGUUACGAAUUGCCCAAGUAGAGGAUACAACACAUGUGCCUCAAAAAUUCAGGUAUCCGUUUUUCACUGAGAUGUUGUGGUACGUCCUGGAGAGAUAUGUGCAUUGUGUGCUUGGAAGAUCACAUUUGGACCCUGAUGUACUUGAUGGGUAUCAAAGCCAAAUGUCAGCACCAGAAGAUCACAUUCAUCUCACUCCGCAGGAACUCCAUGGUCUGAAAGCAAUUGUGAUGUAUCUGCACUCUUUGCCGACCAACAAAAAGAAUGUUCCUGAGCUUGUCCAAGACCCCAUUGCUCUCAUAAGAGAUGUGCGGAACCUGGUUGAGAAACACCGGCAUGACUCUCAUGAGAAGGCCACAACAGGGCGUCCUGUUCUUAAGUUGCCUCACCGAGAUCAUUCAUCAAAACAUGACAUGAAUCGAAGCCAUCCCUCUACCAGUGGUUAUUCCAGACACUCCAUGCCUCCCUCUGCUCCUCGCUCGUCUCACUCAUCAAAUGGCUACUCUGAUGACGAAGGGCCCAGCAGGGCUCCAAAAGCCCCCAAGAUGAGCAGGCCACUUCCACCUCCCUCUACCUCUGCUCUCAGCGCCCAGCAGUCCAGUCGCGAAGGGCCUCGCCGACGGCGAACUCGGUGCAAGCGGUGCGAGGCGUGCCAGCGAUCUGACUGCGGAGAAUGCACUUUUUGCCAGGAUAUGGUUAAAUUCGGCGGUUUCGGUCGAGCAAAACAGACCUGUGUGAUGCGCCAGUGCUUGCAGCCGAUGCUGCCUGUGACAGCCUCGUGUGCUGAGUGCUGCCUGGAUGGCUGGGGUCAACGACCGGUAAUUCCCGUCCAGAAAAAUCAUAGAGACUCUCCUUCAUCUCUGAUGGAGUGCAGUGUUUGCUAUGAGAUCGCUCAUCCAGAUUGUGUCAGGAAGAAGUACACUGAAUAUGAUGGAGUUGUGAAUGAGGAUCUACCAAACAGUUGGGAAUGCCCUCGCUGCUGCCAAGAAGGAAAAAAUGUUGAAUAUAAGCCCCGCCAUUUCCGAGCAAGGCAAAAGUCCACUGAUUUCCGCAGAAUGUCUUAUGGAAGCGAGGCUUUAUAUGAUCUUAAAAAAGAAAAGCGCGAAAUGGACAGUGACGAUUCUGAUGAUGAAUUCAGCCGACCACCCACCCCUCAUCAUUCUGGCUCCAAGAGAGUGAAGACUGAGUCAAAAUCUGAGCCCAAACGGGAACCAGUUGACGCAGGAGACAGUGACAGUCAAAGUAGUGAUAAUGUGGAUAUAAAGCCAAAGCUUUCUCCUCACUCAUCAGUGGAUUCACCAGGCACUCCUCCAUCUCCUGGAAGUAGCAUCAAUAUGGAUCCUCGCAAAAGGGCUGUUCUUCUCCACCAAGCCAAAGCCAUGAAGAAAUCUGGAUUUGUUGUGAGACCAAACCCUGGGGUUAAGCCGAAUCCUCCUAAAGAUUCACCAUCACCAAAAACUGUUGUUAACCUGGCUAUGGAGAAAAGUGUCAUUUUACCAAUUAUGGAGUAUCUUACACCCAAAGAAAAGGUGGAAUGUGGACUUGUCUGCAAAGCUUGGGCUCAGUUCAGCCUUGACCCUUCUCUGUGGAAACGCAUGAGUAUGGCAGCUCAAACUCUGACUGCUGGUCAUCUGUCUGCCAUUGUGCGCCGACAGCCUGAAACAUUGGUCCUUGAUUGGACGGGUAUUGGAAAGCGACAAUUAGCAUGGCUCAUCAUAAGGCUCCCUCAGCUGCGAGAGCUUUCACUGCAAGGUGUAAAUGUUAUUGGGGUGUCUGCACUACGCACCUGCAUGUGUCCACCUUUAUCCUUCCUUGACAUAUCCUUUGCGGGUGGACUAAAUGAUGCCACCUUGCGGGAGAUUUUGUCUCCUCCACCUGAUUCUCGACCUGGUCUUGUAGACACCAAGUCAAGACUUCGCAAUUUGCGCACAUUGAAGUUGGCUGGUUCCAGUAUAACUGAUGUUGCCCUACGCUACAUCACUCAGCAUUUACCUAGACUGUCAGUCCUGGACCUUUCAUCUUGCACACGUUUGACAGAUGCUGGCAUUGCCCAGCUUACUACGCCCCCUGCCUCAUCUAUUGAGCUUCUUCAAUCUCUGGAUCUUUGCAACUGUCCGAGAAUUACAGAUGCAAGUCUUGACCAUUUAACCAGAUGUGCACAACUAGGCCGCCUAGAUCUUCGACAUUCCCCUCUAGUCACAGCUGCUGCUGUCGCCAAAUUUGUUAGCAGAUCAAAGCUAAACCUUAGAAUACUUGAUGGUAAACUAGUGCUGCAUGCUUCAUAAGGUGCCCUGUUGUCUCUACAUGUACAGUUAGACAAUGCUAGUAUUAAAUACUUCUGUUUGAAAGAACUCUGAACUGUGAACAACUUGCCAGUUGUUUGUAUCUGCACUGUCUGUUAUCAUUGCUUUGUUAUUAUCUUGUACAAAGGUAAUUUUUUGGUCUGUCUUGUACUGAAAAGAGACCUUCUUGAUCAGUUUGAUUUGUAAUCAAUUUAAUUAGAUCUGCCAAUGAAACUAUUGACUAUGAAAUUGUAUUCUCUUUGGAGUUUCACAACUUUUUAAAAUUGUGCAGUAUAACAAUAUGUGCAGUUCACAUUUCCUCCAGUGUCCAUGUCUGUGGACUAGAAUGGCAGGAGGCUGAUUCUGAUUUCCUUCUCUAACGAAGUUGUUGACUAAAUUUCUUCAACUCCUUGUAGUUUAAUGAUGUCUUAAGCCAUGUGAGAUAACUGCUAAGUGCUUGGAGGGAUAGUGAAUUGAAAUUGUUACACCUAAUUGAAGUGUUAUCUUUGUGUGUUACAACUUUUGUUAACAUGGCUCAACGUUUAUCCCAAGUAUUCUUUAUGCAAUCACUCAAGAAUCUUUUGGUUGUGGUACAAGUUGGUUUUCUUAAUGUGUGUUUGACACAUUGCCUGCAGAAAAUUUCUGGUAAUUGGCUGAAAAAUUAGGUCUUGCUUUGAUCUAUUUGCUAUUGAACAUGGAGAAUGUUGAAUUAGCAAUGAUCUCAACUAUGUGGGUUGUUGUUCUAUGGAGAAGGCUGAUUUGUAACUGUGUGUAUGGGUGUGUAUCUGUAUUGGGUUGUAAACAAGUGAUCUUAAAAGGUUUUUUUUUUCUUUUUUUUUUCUUUACUCCAGAUAGUGGCUUGAAGUACCCUAGGAUUAAUUCUCUCAAAAUGAAGUUAUUAAUUAUCAGGCAUGUCAACUAGGAAUGAUCACUGGAGUAGUGAUUAAUCAAUUAUGUAGUAGACAGUGGGGAUAAAGUCUGAAAGAUUCAUUUGUGUUUAGUCCCCAACAUAAUUUUCAGGAUCUGUUUCUUCCUUUUCCUCACAACUUUGUCAUUUUCUUAUUACUCAAAAGCAUUAAUUUUUAAAGGUUCAUUUCGACAUGAGGCUCAGAUGAGAUUCUUAAUUACUCUUGCUCAAUUCCUGAUGUUGCUAGUGUAGAGGAGUGUACAUAGAUGAUUGUCUUUUAAGCUCUUAGAGAAAUUCAAUGACUCAGAGUAGUUUUGUCUAAAACGAAUACUUGAAAUAAUUAAUUUUUCAUAAGUCUCAUUGCAUCUUUAUGGUUUAUCCCAGUUACAGUGAGGCACCUCUUUAUUUUCCCUCUAGUGAAGCUUAUUGCGUCCCUGUAGUUACACUGUAUUCUUACCUGAUUCUUUUACUUUCUUGCUACUGAAGAUGUUUUGAGACUAUGAAAGUGAGAAUCCUCCUUCCCCCCUUUUUCCCCCUCCCCUUUGUCAUAUGAGUACCUGAAUCCCUCUUGUUAGUUACUCCAAACCUGACAUUUCAGGUUUACUACUGUCCCUUCAGUUUUGCCCUUCUCUUUUGCUCCUAUAGAUGUAGUUUAAUCUUCUCAGAUUGAGUGUAUGCCUCAGUGUGUUGUGUUUAAGGUGAAGCUUGGACUGUACAGUAUAUCUAAAAUCGCAAGUGGGCGCACAGUUCUGCAAUAUUUUCUAGUUACAUUGCUUAAACGCGUUAUGUUCCUAAAUUUCUUUAGUUCAAGCAGUAUCUAGUGCUAUUAAUUUGGUACCUUAGUCAUCGUUUAACGCUAAUGGUUUUAUUUGCUCCUAAAUGAGUACGUGCUUUAGGAUAAAUUGAAUGUUAUGUUUUGCCUUGAUUUUAACUUGUGGUUUUGGCCCCAUAUUAGUUUAAAAAUACUUUUCAAGCAAUAUUGUUUUUCCGUGUAGCAAUUGAUCAAUUCUGCAGCUUAAAGAAAGCAUUCCUUUUAUAUAGAUUGACCAUUUCCACUUUGUGCAAUAUAGUGAACAAGUUUUCUGACCACUUCUGUUGAUUCAAUAGUGAAUUAUUGACUAGUCUAAAUUUUGUUGAAUGGUGGACUUGCCAACAUGCAUGUAUAAGCAGUGGCAAGUUUCAUCCAUCACAAUCGAUAUGCUUGUCGUAGAAAUGCACUUUACUGAAGCAAUUACAGUUGUAUAAAUUCAUUUAUAUAUGUAAAUAUAUAAAUAUAUAUAUUUCUUAAAAUAUACAAAUAUUCUCCAUGUAUAUUGAUCAUAGGAUUAAUCUUUCCCAAAUUUUAAUGAAAGUGUUACUUUUUUCAGUAUUAAUUUAUUUGAAAUAAAAUUUUCUUAAUGAGA